UCUAGAGAUGGACUUGAUCAGUGGGACCUUCGAAGGCAAUGCACUCACAUCUUGUUUUUUCCGCAAACCAGGAUUUCCCAUUCCCAAACCUUAUCUGGAUAGAGAAGAAGGCUGCGAGGAAGCCGAAGAUGCCCCAGGACACCCAGGCAGAGCAGGAGCUGAGGAUGGAGACCAGGGAGGGCAAAUCCCCAUGGCAGAACAUCGUGGCAGAGGCCACUUUGAGUGGCUACAGGGCACAGGAGUGCAAUGGGGAAGAAAAGCCCUGGAGAUCCCACAGGAGGAGGGGCUGCAAACCCAGCCCAGGAUGCUCUGAGGAGGAAAGACCCAGUCUGGCCAGAGCUCUGAGGUGGUGGUCUAUGAGCAGCUUGAUGAUGGCAAGAAGCCCCACCAGUACUUGGAGUGUGGGAAGAGUUUCCCCACGAGCUACCACCUGAUCAUCCACCAGAGGAUGCACACCAGGGAACGGCCCCAUGAGUGUGGGGAAUGUGGGAAGAGCUUCAGGUUCAGCUCCCACCUGAUCAUCCACCAGAGGAUCCACACCAAUGAACGGCCCUAUCAAUGUGGAGAAUGUGGGAAAGGCUUCAGGAGGAGCUCCAGCCUGAAACUCCACCAGAUGAUCCACACUGGGAUACGACCCUUUGUGUGUGGAGAAUGUGGGAAGGGCUUCCGUGACAGCUCUUGCCUGAUCAUCCACCAGACAGUGCAAACUGGGGAAUGCCCCUACAUGUGCUCAGUGUGUGGGAAGAGCUUCAUCAAGAACUCCAGCCUGAUUCUGCACCAGAGAAUCCACACUGGGGAGAGGCCUUACAAGUGUGGAGAAUGUGGGAAGAGCUUCAGCCAGAACUCCAGCCUGAUUGCCCACCAGAGGAUCUGCAGUGGGGACAGGCCAUAUGAGUGUUCUGAGUGUGGGGAGAGGUUUUUCAGAGCCAAUACUGUCUCCUCAAGCAUCAGCAGAUUCACACAGAAUAGAGGCCCUUCUGCUGCCCUGACUGCAGGAAGGGCUUUAAGAAAAACUCCACCUUUGUCACUCACCAGCAGAUCCACACUGGGAGAGGCCCUGACAGUGUCCUAAGUGUGGGAAGAGCUUCUCCCAGAACUCUGCUAUGACCCAACACCAAGGGAGGCAGCAGUAAGGGAUGCCCUACAAGUGCCCUGUGUGCAGGAAGAGUGUCGCCUUGAUUUUUUAAGAUUUUCUAAGCCUUCUGAUGUUUACAUUCUUGUAGCAAACUUUCUCACACACUUUCUGUAAAUAACUUAUUGUUUUGCAUUCUUUUUUAGAAGAAGAAAAAUUUGAUGGACUGUUGGUUUGUCCAGUGUCAUUGGAGAGGUGGCACUUUCACCCUCCAAUCCACUGUCACUUUUAGAAAACUAUAAAUGUUGGAGUCAGAAAAUAAACUUCCCUUUUCUCCCCCUUGAGAGCAGCAGUGUGUGCGCUCGUGUUGUUUUGUGUCCUACAGUGACAGGAAGAGCUUUGAGCGCUGCUUCAACUCCAUCCCCCGUUCGGGACC